AUGUCGGAUCGCCAGUACAAGUUCAACGUCCAAAUGGGCUGCGAUGGUUGUUCCAAUGCGGUUAAGGAAACUGUGGAAGCCCUCAGCGGCGUGAAGAAUCUUAUCAUUUCCAUUGAAGAACAAACUCUCUCAGUGAUGGCUAAGCCUUCUCUCUCUUACGAAACCGUGUUGGAGGCCAUUAAAGCGAAGGGCAAGAACGUGCACAGCGGCGAGAUGGACGGCGUUGCUCAGUCUGUUGAGGACUUUGAUUUGGGGGCUUUGCGUAUAUAA